AUGAAUCUCAUGAAUUUUGGUCGUGAACAAACGGAAAAUGGUACAUUGGAUGAUAUGCUUCGACAAGUGGGUAUCAAUGAUGUUGGCACAUUUGUGAAUCAAUUUCGAAGCAAGGUUAAUGAAGACGCUGGUACGGAAAAAAAUGUUAAUACUGCAAGUGGUAGUCAACAACCUGAUCUCAUGUCAAUGGGAUCAUCAUUACUCAAUCAGUUCGGUGGUGGAAGUAGCAAAGGAAAAAGCAAAGGUUCUGGUGAUUUACUCAGUGGAGCAAUGGGUGCCUAUAAAAUGUUUUCGGGUAAUAAAGAUAGUAGUGGAGGAGAAGGACAAGGUGCUAGUGCUGGUGGUGGUGGUAAUUCGGCUGAUAUGAUUAACAGUGCAAUGAACGCUUAUAAAAUGUUUUCCGGUGGCAAAGGAACUGGUGGUAGUGGCACCAGUGGUGGGGGCAGUCUUUUUGAUACAAUUGGUUCAACCUUUGAAAAUGCUCAACAAUUGCAAGGUUUGCUCAAAUCAUUAGAUAAAAAUGGUGAUGGUAAAAUUACUAUUGAAGAUAUUCAACUUCUUCUUCAAGGUUUAGGACUUGGUUCUGUUUCACCAUACGUGUCAAAAGCUUUAUUUAAAGCUGUUGAUAAAAAUGGUAAUGGUGUACUUGAUUUAACUGAUGUUAUGGCCUUAGCAGCUAUAGUUAAUAAACUUAACAGUCGAUUUGGUUCAGGUGCAAAACAACAAGCUUAA